GUUGGGGGUUUAUUAUUGGAAAUUUUGGGUGUUUUGAGUAACACUCGGAAGCAAUUGAAAUUGAAUUAAUUAUGUGAUUUUUAAGUGUUAAUUGUUUUAUUUGGUGCAAUAGAACAAUGAAAAUCUAAAACUUAUUUGGUCCAAGUUUAAAGAAUUGAAGUUCGCUGUUUUAGCAUCAAGAUGGAAAGAGAAUCCCGAAUUUCCUGUAAAAAUUGUUGGUCUGAAACCACCAAGUUUGCAAUGGUUUGACAGUGUCACCCUUUAUUAUCAUAACAUGGCUUACCCUGGAACUGUCGUUGUUUCUGGCAGUGCUGUAAUAUGAAGCGACAUUUGAAUUAUGUGAGGUAAAUAAUAAUAAUGUAUUUAGAUAAGAGAAGAGGUGGAGUUGGAAGAGGUUAGUUGAUAAUAAUUGCUUGGAGGAUGCUACCAUUUAGUUUGAUUCGUGGAAAUUUUUAGUUAGCUGUCUUUUGAACUAACCUUCCACCAGGUUUAUCUCUUACUAGAGAUAAGAUGAAAAACAGAGAUCAUGAUUCAUUUUGCUGAGGUGGAAUUAUUUGUAGAGCUUUCUGAAGUGUUUAAAUGGGUGAUCCUAUGGAAUCUUGUAUAGGCAGGGAAUUCACGCAAUGGCCCUUUUUACAUCCUUCCACCAAUGUCAUUGCCAAAAUUGCUGAUGUCUCUUCGUCGGACUUUGGUUGCUUCAUUUUUUGAUCUAAAAUAUUUAAUCCCUUUUUUGUUCAAUGUUUAACUUUCAUCUGAUUGACAUGAUUUUAUGGCAUGAGCUUUGGCUGAUUCAUGUACCUUUUAAUCAUUUGGAAGAUACACUUGUGAAACAGGCUGAUUGAUCUAUAAUGAUGUCCUUUUAUUGGUACUGCUUAUCUUGGGCUUGUUGAAGUAUAGAUAAAGAUGUUUAUGAAAGUGGAAUGAAUCAUCAAGUGAUCUUCCACUGCAUGCUAAAAUCUUGGAUAAAAAUGGGCUGGUUUUUUUGGAGGUAUUGAAGCAUGCCUACUGGUGCACUGCUUCAGAAAGAAAUCCAGCAAUGUUGAUACAAGAUAUGUUUUUUGAAGUGGAAUUGCAAAGGAAUGUGAAGCUACAUGCUAGAAACUUGAAUAAAAAUGGACUGGUUUCACAGACGUCCGUACUAGCAUGCCUACUCAAGGACCUGUUUAAGGAGAAAGCCAGUGAGGAUCAUGGUUACUUUCUAGCUGUAACUAGCUUGAGAAGUAUAGGUAAAUGUGAUGUUAUUGAUGAGUCAGGAAAUAUGGUUUUCACAGUAGUGUUUACUUGUCGGACCUUCAAGCCCUUCAAGGGAGAAGUAUUGCAAGGAGUUGUACGCUACAUAUCUCAACACGGUGUGUUCUUGAGAUGUGGACCAGUCAGAAAUGCUUUUCUCUCAGCUUGGAAAAUGUCGAAUUACCAAUAUGUUCCUGGUGCAAAACCAGUCUUCAUAAGUGACGAGCUUUCAAAGAUAGAGAAGGAUGUUGUGGUUUGUUUCUUGGUGCUUGCUGUAAGAUGGAUAAAUGCAAGUAGGGACUUCGAGAUGCUUGCCAGUGUAGAUGCUGAUUCACUAGGACCAGUUUCAUUGCCAGGGUCUGAUGAAUUGGACCUCUGAAUGAAUGGUUGUAGCAAAAUUUAUCCUGGUUACAUUUGUCGUCAUGGUUUCCCAGUGAUGAAGACAUGAUUGUGGGAAAUGCAAGCAGUAUAUGUGUACAUUGCUAUCUUGCAGCCUUGUAAAGAUUAGGGGUCCUCCUGUACGUGGGAUAUUUGGCUGGUAUAUAGUUUUAUCACAAAGAAGUCAACUUAGGCAUUCUCUCUAUAUUGGAAUUCUGUAGUAUGAACAAAUGAGCCAAUGGGAAUGCAUGUUCUUUUGUCAUUCUGCAUGAAAUGUGGAUAAUUUUCAGAUUACCUUUGAUAAUGGAAGGAAUUAUGGUACUUCCUACUUUGAUGUUGAGUGAGAAGAAUGUGAAUUUCAGUGAUUCAUGUCCUGCAACAUGAUAAUGUUGUUCUGAUACAGGUGUUAUAGGAAUUUUAUGUAUCUGCAAUCUACCAAGGCACAAUUGUGUAAUUUAUUAGAAUUAAU